CGGUGCCAAACAGAGUUCACGCUCGUUCUCCUUGUCAAAAGAAGAAGACAACAGUCCUCCUCUUCCUCCUCUUCUUCCUCUUCUUCCUCCUCUUCCUCCGGGGCAGCAUGAAAGGAAACAGUUUAAUCUGAUAAAUAAAAACACAUAAAGUCCGUUGAGUUAAAGCAGAAGGGCCUCGUCUCGGCGCGCGAGGGCAUCGACUGGACUUAGCCUGUUAGCUUAGCAUGUUAGCUUAGCCUGUUAGCUCCUCCGUGCAGGACUUUUAACGGGAUCCGGUUUACAAGCUGCACCGAGGAACAAACCGGUCCGGACUCCACGUUUCUUUACAGCUGCACGGUUUGGGUCCAAACGCGGAUUUUGCACGUAAAGUUUUUUAUUUUUUAUUUUUUUAAUUUCUUUGUACAAAACUGCAACAAAAAAACAUCCGGAACAACAAGGAAGUCUGAAUGAACUUUGCUGCUAGCACGUAGCCUUCAUUGCUCCUGCAGCUGAAGGGGAGAGGAGGGUCUCUGUGCUGCCUCUUUCUGCUCGUCCUGCAUCGAUUAUCGAUUAUCUGUGAGCGCACCUCUGCCACACAACGUCUGCUCGGCUGCUGCGUCGGUGGGAAAAGAGUUUAAAACAGUUGUUCGGAGAUGAUUCCUGACAAAGUGCCGAAGGAAGACGUCUUCCUCGGGUCUGAGGACCUGAAGGAGGAGGCUCACGUCCCCAGCUUCGAGAAAUAUAAAGAGCUGUACCUGAAGUCCACAGAGAACCCCGAUGGGAAGGCAAUGAACCUGGUGAUGAGUUGACCGUGACCUACAGAGAGCUGCUGCAGAGGGUCUGUCAGUUUGCCAACGUCCUGAAGUCUCAGGGAGUGAAGAAGGGCGACCGUGUGUCCAUUUACAUGCCCAUGGUGGUGGAGCUGGUGGUAGCUAUGUUGGCUUGUGCUCGUAUCGGAGCUGUUCACUCCAUAGUGUUUGCAGGUUUCUCUGCGGAGUCUCUGUGUGAGAGGAUCCUGGACUCACAGUGCUCACUGCUCGUCACAGCAGAUGGGUUCUAUCGAGGAGAUAAGCUGAUCAACCUGAAGUUCUUAGCUGACGAAGCACUGCAGAAAUGCAGAGACAAGGGUUUCCCAGUAAAAAGGUGUAUAAUGCUGAAGCACUUGUCCAAAGAAGCAGAAGAGACUCCUCUGGGCUCUCACUCUCCUCCGGCCAAACGCUCCUGUCCUGACCUUCAGCAGGAGAAACAGGCAGGGAGAGUAAAGAAAACACGUCCUGUUCCGCAGGUCCCGUGGAACCCCGACGUGGACUUGUGUUGGCACACUCUGGUUCGUGGAGCUUCAGACGAGUGUGAACCAGAGUGGUGCGAGUCUGAAGAUCCGCUCUUCAUCCUCUACACCAGCGGCUCAACUGGCAAACCAAAGGGAGUUCUUCACACGGUCAGCGGCUACAUGCUGUACACCGCCAUCACCUUCAAACUGGUGUUUGACUACCAGCCCGACGACGUCUACUGGUGCACGGCCGACAUCGGCUGGAUCACCGGGCACUCCUACAUCACCUACGGCCCGCUGGCUAACGGGGCCACCAGCGUCCUGUUUGAGGGCCUGCCUACCUACCCAGAUGUGAGUCGUAUGUGGGAGAUUGUGGACAAAUAUCGGGUGACCAAGUUCUACACAGCUCCAACCGCCAUCAGGAUGCUGAUGAAGUUCGGCAGCGAGCCGGUGCAAAAGUAUAAACGACAGUCUCUGAAGGUUCUGGGGACGGUGGGAGAGCCCAUCAACCCCGAGGCCUGGCAGUGGUACUACAAUGUGGUGGGAGAGAAGAGAUGUCCUAUUGUCGACACCUUCUGGCAGACGGAAACUGGUGGACAUGUGUUGACUCCUCUUCCUGCAGCCACACCCAUGAAACCGGGCUCCGCUACGUUCCCGUUCUUCGGCGUGGUGCCGGCAAUCUUGAAUGAGUCAGGAGAAGAGCUGGAGGGACCGAGUGAAGGAUACCUGGUGUUCAAGCAGCCGUGGCCCGGCGUGAUGAGGACCGUGUACGGAAACCAGCAGAGGUUUGAAACCACGUACUUCAAGAAGUUCCCUGGAUACUACGUGACGGGAGACGGUUGCCGUAGAGACAAGGAUGGCUAUUAUUGGAUAACAGGGAGGAUAGACGACAUGCUGAAUGUCUCAGGUCACUUGCUGAGUACGGCGGAGGUGGAGUCGGCUCUGGCGGAGCACGAGGUCGUUGCCGAGGCCGCUGUGGUGGGCAGACCUCAUCCUGUGAAAGGAGAGAGUCUCUACUGCUUCGUAACUCUCACUGACGGAGUGACGUACAACCGCACGCUGGAGGCGGAGCUCAAAAAACAAGUACGGGAGAAGAUCGGUGCCAUCGCCACGCCAGACUACAUCCAGGAGGCUCCAGGACUCCCCAAGACCCGAUCCGGUAAGAUCAUGCGACGGGUGCUCCGCAAAAUCGCCUGCGACGAACGAGACCUGGGAGACAUCUCCACGCUGGCCGACUCCUCGGUGGUCGAUCAGCUCUUCCGGAACAGAUGCUGCACGGUGUGACGGCCUCCGGGAUCCUCGCGGGGAGGCUCAGACCGCCGCACGCCGCACGCCAGCGGCCACAAAGCCAACCAGGGAAGGAGGAGGAAGAGGAGGAGAGGGAGAAAUUCCAUGAACUUGGUCUUGUCUGACAAACAACCUUUAGCUUCCGAUGUACAGCAGAGCCUUUAUUUAAAACGACCCCACUGUCAGCAGCAGGUAGAGACGCCACAUCUGGAUAUUUACCACGCCCCUAGCGGUAGUGAUAACCGAUUUAGACGCUUAGAUGUCUUCCAGAUGUUUACUGCUGUUACAAAACAAGGCGGUGGUGUGUGUGUGUGUUUGUGUGUUAGAGAGAGAGAGAGAGCGAGAAGCCAGAGGUUGUUUCUGUGAAAGACCGCCCUGCAGUCCGAACUGUGGGAGAGCAGAACAACGGUAACACUUCCUUUGGUUUUAUCCUUCAGUUUUUAACCAAUAACACACUGCUCAGUAACAAAGCAUACACACAGUACUCGUACAGCACUGCAUCACUACAAUAGUUUACUGUGGUUUCAAAAGGACGAGUUUCUACACUGGAAUAAGGCUAAAGGUGAAGUGCUACCUGGAACUGCCCUGUAGUUAAUGUAACAAGUUGUCUCCUCCCCUCGCCCGCUGCCAUAAGUACUGUUAAUGUACACCGAUGAUUAGCUCAAUCUGAGAAAGAGAAACAUUUCUACUAGUUUUACUUUCUGUUGUAAUUUUUUUCUAAAAACAUGUAGAGUGUCAUUUUGGUUUUUGGUUUUUAUGCCAACUGAUUUUUGGUAUAGGAUUCGUUGGGUCUGCACGCUUGUAUGUUCUCUUUUUUUUGUACGUUUCAGAGAAGUGAUCAGACUCUUCUGUCAGUCUGGUGUGUUGAAGGUGUGUUCGUCCUCGUGUGGCUCAGGACGCCAAACGGUCGGAUUCUCUACGCUAAAGCCCCCAAAACCAGCUGCAGGUGUAAAGUUUAAAAAAGGGAAGAGAAGAUAACUCAACAGUUUCUGAUUUAUUCUUCUCAUGUUCCAGGAGCGUAGUGUGUCUGGACUCUAUAAUUAUUAAAUCUGGCUUUACUGUUGACUGUAAUUAUGAGUUGAAUUUGGUAAAACAUUGACCGUGUGUGACAGCUACAGCUUCUUUAUUAAAUAAAGUGAUAUGAUACGGUACUAUUGAAAUUAUACAUUGUGAACAACUUUAAAUCCAAAAUAAGAAGUCAUUGGUGUCAUUAUUCACGACUUUGUUCAUUUUGAAGAGUAUUGAAGCUCUUCUGCGUCAAACAAGUCUGGUGCUCCAAUGUUGUAUUAUUCCAUGAAAAGACCAAACCCAGUAAUUUGUUUCUACUGAAGAUGUAAGUCUUUAAAAACACCUCACACAUAUAUAAGUCUCUAGAACUACACAUCCUGUAAAAACAGUCCGAUAAAGUCUUCUGUGGGUCCGGAGGAGCUUCGACAUCACGUUUGUGUACAGAUCCGUAACGGGACGUUUUAAAAGACGAAGGUUUUUAACCAGGCAGGGACGAUCUAAUGGAAGAAGCUGUUGCAUUAUGGGAAGUGUAGUUAGAACUAACUCAGGAUAUCUUGCUGCAUCAAUUUUAACCUUGUCUUUCGCCCACAACUACAACCCAAAUGUCUUUAUAUUAAAUGUUCACAUUUGACAGUAGAGCUUCAAUGGUUAGUCAUUUAAUCAAUUAUUCAUAAACUUAUUAAAUGAAACUAUUUUGAUAUUGAUAUUGAAAAAUGUCCAAAUUCUCUGAUUUCAGCUUCUCACAUGUGAAUAAUUAGUAAAUAGUAAACUGAAUAUCUUUGGGUUUUAGACAAAACAAUAUAUUUAAGGACUACUCGUCACUGAAACAGUGAUCAAUGUUUUCUGAACCAAGCAAUAAAUUAAUAGAGAAAAUGAUAAACAUAUUUAUCAAUAAUCGUUAUAUUAGCAGCCCAGUUUAAAAGCCGGAAAUCAGAUAAUUUAAACAUUUUCCUUAGAUUAUCUGUUUCAAGCCAUUUUUACUAUCAAAAUAGUUGGUGAUUAAUUUAAUAGUUGAUAAUUAAUCGUUAACAGUUAGGCUCAUUGAUGUAUUUUAAGUAGUUGUUCUGUGGCUCUGGGGAAGAGAAUAUCUCAGGCUUUGAUACAUUCAUUGUUGGUUUUGGUCUUUUUGUGGGAUUUUAGAUAAUGUAUUGAUCUGUCACACACUGUUCGGAGCCAAUCUGUGGAUUAAAACGAGGUUGACGCAGCGCACCCGUCGUCAAAAUCAUCUAAACAUCUGAACUCGGAGCUCAUCUGGAGCUUUUUACUGAGCUUCUCCUUUUAGUUUCUGUUGUCGGCGUCUGACAGUGAGAGAAUGAUUUUAUUUGAACAUCAUAAAACCAGAAGCGGGAUUUCAUCAGCUUAUCAUUAUUUUAUCUUUUUUUUUAUUUUAUGUUUCAACGUGCCAAUGUAAGUAACAUUGAAGCUGGGUGUAAAAAGCUAAUAAUUGUAUCUAAUGUUUAAACAAAAAGUGCAGCUGCUUAUUUGAUUUGUUUUUUGUCUGUAUAAUAACUCGGUGAAGGAAAGAGAAUUAUGUAGUUUGUUGUUUUUCUUUGUUCAUCCUCAGUUUUGUUUCCCUGUUUGUAUCAACGUGUAUGCAACAACAGUAAAUGGACAUGACUACUGCCUCUCA